AUGGACUACUCACCUCAUCCUGAGAUGGAUGUUAUCGACGAGGUCGAUUGCCUUUUUCGGCGCAGUGCCUCACGCUUCAAAUUCCGCCGAACUCAACCAAUGGUUCAAGCGCCCGUCACUCAUAAGGCUGUCCUCAACAUUCAACCUAUGUCCUUGCUCUUAUCGGACGCUGACGUGGCUCUCUGUGGCGGGGCUGUCGACCUUGACCUCCGCAACAAGAAUGGCGAUACACCACUUCAUAUCGCUUUAAAGGAGAUGGAAGAGGAUCAGGAUCGUUUUGAAAUUGUUCAAGAACUAAUAUGUUGUGGCGCAGAGUGCAAACGGCGGCCUCACACCACUGGAAUAUGCGCAAAGUCGAUAUCCUUUAGAAAACGGAUCAUCGCAAAUCCCCCAUGUGAUGACGAGGAUGACGAGGUUGAAAUACAGCCAGAACAACUGAGGAAGCAAAUGUAUGACAGAAGUGAUUUCGUAGACGAUGUCGAAGAUGGAAGCGAGGGAUCAAGCCUGGAGGCUGAAUAG